UAAUUAAUUUUCAAAUAGAACAGAAGCGUUUGGUUUUCUUGCAGUAAAAGUAAAAUAAAAUAAAUUUAUAUUUAAUUAAUUGAGCGGUUCAGAGCAAAAAGUGAAAAUGAAAAUUUUCAAAAUAUUUGAAAUAACAUUCUUAUCGCUUGUCGGUUUAAUAUUGAUAAAUGGUACGCCCGUCGCUAUUGACGAGUCCAAUCCUGAGCAUAUUAAGAAAAUACGCUAUGCUAAGGUAGCAGAAAUGCAUAAUUAUAUAAAUGCAUCAGCAGAUCCCUGUGAGAAUUUCUAUAAUUUUGCCUGUGGCAAUUGGGAAAAAAUUAAUCCAGCCAAUUCUCAAGACCACAUAACGACAGGUUUCUUUGAAACCAUGAUAAAAGCUUUGGAUCGUAAAAUUUCUGCAAUGCUUGCUAAAACAGAUGAAUGGGAUAAUGAAAUCGAUAAGAAGGUCAAGAAUUUCUAUGAAUCAUGCACUCGCAUAGGAGUGUUAAAGAACAUGUACAAAUCGAAACUGCAAGAAAUUGCAGAAGAAUUUGGUCAAGUUCCUGCUUUAACGGAAGAUUGGAAUCAGAAUAAAUUUGAUUGGAUAGAUGUUAUUGGUAAAAUUGCCUACAAAUACGGCAGCUCCAUUAUAUUGGGCUAUGAUAUUAUGGGAGACUUUCGUAACAAUUCGGUGAAUAGAAUAUAUGUGGGUCAUCCUGACUUUCCCCUCGAAUCCAAGUCCAUGUAUGUAAAUGAGGAUAAUGCUCAUUAUCGCAAUAGCUAUAAAAAUCAUAUUUCGGGUGAUUUGCAGCACUUUUGGGAAUUGAAAAAGGAACAGGCUGAUAUAGUGGCCAAACAAAUUCUAGAUGUAGAAGUGGCUUUAGCCAGUGGUAUAGCAGAUGAUAAAAUGGGUUUACAACUGGAUGAGUUAACCAGUUUGACUACAUUGGACGAGCUGCAGAAAAAAUACAAACCUCAUUUAGAUUUUGUUAAACUAUUAAAUAUUUCGCUCGGCACUUUACCCUCCAUGUCGGAGCCUUUGUACGAAAUGUUUUCGGACUAUCAAACGAAUCUAAUAAAAAUCCUGGAUGAAACACCCAAAGAACAUAUUGCUAAUUAUAUUUACUAUACCCUACUCAAAGAUUUCAUGUUGCGUACGCCUAAAAAGAAGGAAGACUUGGAAUCGAAAUGUAUUUCAAAUACGAAAAAACAUUUUGCCAAAAAUCUCGACAACAUGGUGUAUCGCAAAUACAAUACCAAUCAAACGGAAAAAGAUGUCAAACUAAUGUGGGAUGAGAUAAAGUUUAACUUUAAAAACAUGUUGCAGUCGCAAAAAUUGGACUGGAUUAGCGCCGAAACACGUAAAUAUGCCGAAGAAAAACUGGAUGCCAUGAAACUGGAAAUAAAUUCCUAUGAAAAUGAAGAUUUCGCUGAAGAAUUUGGAGAGUUGAUUUUAUAUAAACAUGACUAUAUAGCUAAUCUUAAGAAUAUAAUGAUGUUAAAUGCCAAAAAUGAAAGAAAAGCCUUAUACGAACCACCCAAGCCUUUGGAAGCAGGAGAAUUGCUAUCCUACACUCCGGCCAAUAUUAUUGUAGAAAAUCGUAUCAAAGUACCCGUUUCCUUGUUGCAGCCAUAUUAUCUGUGGUCCACCUUUUAUCCAAAUGCCCUAAAAUUCGGCACUUUGGGCACCUUGAUAUCGCAUGAAUUAAUUCACGGUUUCGAUGACACUGGUCGAACAUUCGAUAAAUAUGGCAAUAAUAUCGAAUGGUGGGAUGACAAUUCAACUGCCGCUUUUAAUGAACGCAGCAAAUGUUUUGUCAAUCAAUAUAAAAAAUACGUUUACGGUGGUAAAAAUUUACCCGAAAUGGCCUCACAAUCGGAAAAUAUAGCUGACAAUGGCGGCUUACACUUGGCCUAUGAAGCCUAUUUGUACUGGUACGAACAUGCCGUACGCAUUAAUCAACCCAUGUUGUAUGAAACUUUGCCUCGUCUCAAUUACACUAGUAAACAAUUGUUUUUCAUAAGUUAUGCUCAACUUUGGUGUAGUGAUGCUCAUCCUGCUGUACGUAGUCUACAGACCGCCAUCGAUUCUCAUGUACCUGGUAAAUUUAGAGUCAUAGGACCAUUGUCGAAUUUUAAAGAAUUCUCUAAUGUAUUCAAUUGUCCUGAGGGUAGUCCCAUGAAUCCGGUUGAUAAGUGUUUUAUUUAUUAGGGUAAAAUAUAAAAAUAUUGAAUUUAUUUGUUUGUUAUCAAAUUGUUAAUUGAUGUUAAUUAAACUUAUUUUUAUAAUUACAAA